CUGAAGCUCCGCUAUCUUUAGCUCUGCCACGGAUUACAGUGCGCAGUGUGUGGACAGACGGCGCCGUGCUACCUGCUCGGCUCAUCAGCGUGUGAAGAGCUCUCGCAUAACAAAAAAACAAGCCCGAAACAAAAAGAAAAGUGAUGGCGGAAUGACAACAGCCUCCGUCACCGUUUGCGGUUCACCGUCACCGAGAAGACCCCAAGGAUGCUGCUGCUCUCCAGCCCGCGGAACGGACGCCAGAGCCGGGCCUCGCUGCUGCUGCUCGCCGUGGUCCUGCUAUGUGCCGUCCGUGUCAGUGCACAUCUACCAGCUGGCAGUAAGUGCCCUCGUCGUUUAGACUGUGCCAGAGAGGGACGCCACUACUGCAGGCCUGGCUCGUCCCACUGUGGCUCCUGCCUCUCCCCAUUGGAGGAGAACGAGAAGGGACGCUGCGUGGUGAGGAAGAGGCACCAACAGCAUGGCAAAGUGGUGGUCUACCCUGACGUGGAUGAAGAAAUUGAUUACAUUCACUCUGUCAUCGAAAAACAGGAACUGAUGAAACCACCGAAAACACCAUCCAAUCAUCUUGUCUCUCCAGCUGCCAUCACCUCCCAGACAGAGGAUAAAAAAAGCAAGACAGAUGCCCCCAAACUGAAACAGAAAAGCCAGAGUCGUCCAUCGGGUGAAACCAUGCAUGCCACCACUGCAUCCCCCGGCCCUGUAGCUUCUGCCCUUCCUAAUACACCGACCCCCCAGCCCAGGGCAACUGGAGUUGAGGGCCGAGCUGGUCCAAUAGCUGUGCCAGCACCCAGGAAUGACAGCAUUUUUGUCAUUCUUAUUUCGCUGUGUGUGGUUGUGGGCACUGUGGCAGUGAUCCUGGCAACUGUGUGUUAUGUCAAGUUGGAGAAAGAAUCACGUCUAGCUCAGAAGGUCGACUACCCUGCAUUUGGAGGGGCAGGCGCAGCUGCUGGCGCAACCAGCGGUACCUCGAUGGGAGACAAGACUCUGGCCCAAAGUGCCCAAAUGUAUCACUACCAACAUAAAAAACAGCAGAUGCUCUCUGUGAGAAGUCACAAACCUGAACAGAAAGUCCAUGACACUGAGGUCACAUCAGAUGAGGAAGAAGUGGGAGGAGAUUUCACAGUAUACGAGUGCCCCGGACUUGCACCGACUGGAGAGAUGGAAGUGAAGAACCCUCUGUUUGAUGACUCGACUUUACAUUAUCAGGGGAAUCACAAGUGAAUGCUAAACACUUUACACACACACACACAGAACCCACUUGAUCUUACACUGCAUGUAUAGAAAUGGAGGAUCCUGGCAGAAGAUGAGGUGAUAAAAAUGAUUGUUUUUUUUCUUGACCCUUUACUAUGUCUGCCCUGAGUAUGGCUUUUAAUACUAAAUAUGUAAGCUGGGUUUCUCCUUAAUUUAUUUCUGUCACUGUUUCCUAGCAUCCCUGUCCUUUAACAUGAGGUUUUCUGAGUCCUCCUGGACAUGUCCCUAUAGGUGUUUUGUCCUGUUUAAAUGUUAAACUGUUAAGUUAAAAUUUUGUCCUCCACCUUUGUUAUUUUCCUUUAUUUCUGCAGCUGUUCACAAAGAAUAGCAGACAAGUGUACAACACAUACACACACAUACACAAACAUAAGCUGAGAAACAGGUCCCCUCUCUUGUUCUGUCAUGCGUAGAUAAUGGCUAAACCACAUUCCUAAUGGAUAGGAAAUAAUUAAAAUCAGAUCUGUCACAACUCUGUAUAAACUCUUUAACCCAACACAAGGUUUAGCAUUGAAAAUGUUACCAUUGGUGUUGCUUAUUUUAUUUCUUGCCAUAUAAGCUGCAAAUAAAGAUUUUAAAAUUAUAAAAUAUAAAUAUAUAUGGAAAUGAAGUACUUGAUGAUGUCUUUUUGCAUGGUUUGACUGUACUGUGUUUGAAUCAUGGCAAUGCUUUGAUGAAAUGUUCUGCCUCCUGUAUGUAUGCAUCCUGUUGUUGGAGGAGGAAUGUACAGUAAAAGUGACUUCUGAGCACUUGAAUGAAAUGUUUGGAGACAGAUUAUACUGAUGGAUGUGUAGGUGGUAAAUAUCACUAUCUUGUAUUGUCCCUCUUUCCUCUCUGUCCUCUUGUUGGUCCCAAGUUAAACUCGUGCUGCAGAAUGUACAUACAAAGAGUGAAAGUGUUCACUUUUUAUAUAUAUUUGUACAUGCAGACCAAGGAUUGGAAUUAAAACUUUUUACCACAUGUGAAAAUAA